AUGCCGCACUUCACCAUCCACGUCGUAUCCGACACCGUCUGCCCGUGGUGCUACGUCGGCAAAAAGAACCUCGACGCCGCCAUCGCGCUCUACCAGGCCGCGCACCCGGACACCGCCGCCACCGACACCUUCUCCAUCACCUGGCAGCCGUUCAUGCUCAACCCGCACGCGCCGCUGCCGUCCAUCGACAAGCAGGCCUACUACACGCAGCGCUUCGGCGCCGACCGCGCCCAGGCCAUGCACGCGCGCGUGGCCCGCGCCGGCGCCGCCGUCGGCAUCGCCUUCCGGUUCGGCGGGCGCACCGGCAGCUCGCGCGACUCGCACCGGCUGAUCCAGCUCGGCCACAAACAGGGCGUGCAGACGCGCGUCGUCGAGCAGCUGUUUGCCGCGUACUUCGAGCACGAGCAGGAUAUCACGGCGAUCGAGGUGCUGGUGGGUGCUGGGGUGCGCGCCGGGUUGGAUGAGCGUGAGGUGCGGGAGUGGCUAGAGACGGGGAGCGGGGGCGAGGACGUCGAUCGUGAGGUCGAGGAGGCGCGCGCGCGCGGCGUGCAGGGCGUGCCGUGCUUUGUGGUGCAGGGUCGGUAUCGUGUCGAGGGCGCGGGCGCGCCGGGGCAGUUUUUGGAUGUGUUUGAGGAAAUCAGGGAGCAGGAGUGCCGCGAGUAG